AUGAAAUUUCAAUGUGUUGGGACCAAGAAACAGAUGGAUGUUGGGGUAAAUCGGUACAUGAUAAAGUAUGAGAUCGCUAAAGGGUAUGUUUUGUAUUUUUGUUGUUUUUUGUUAAUUUAGGUACAUACAGAUGAUAUUAGAAUAUUUACUAAGGUUUUUAAGUAAAGAAAAUCUUUUCAAAAUUUUUGUUUAAUAUUUAAUACCUAAAACAAUUUUAGAGGCUUUUCAACAAUUUAUUUGGCCAAAAACAGGUUGAAUAAUGAAAAAUAUGCUAUGAAGAAGAUCUACGCACAUUCUCAAUUAGAAGUUUCAAGGAUACGACGUGAAAUCUACGCUCACUAUGCUUUUGGAGAACAUGAUCAUCUAAUGAAGAUUCAUGGUGUUUAUAGAGAGAAGUAUGGUGAAGGAUCAUGUUUAUUUUGGUUGGUAAUGGAUUAUUGUGCUGUAAGUUAAUUUUACUUUACUCUUUCGUAUUUUAGGAGAAUUUGUCACUUUUAUCUUACUCAAUUUAGCUCAAUGAAUCAACAAAGUCGUAUUUUUGACGGAUAAUAUGUCGUGUUGAUUGUAAUAGUGUUUUUGAUUUUAGUUAGGAUCCUUACAAAACGUUGUUGACCGACAGAGUAAAAUGAAUGAAAUGCUGCCAGAAAAAUUGAUUGUCCAAUAUACGUCACAGCUUUUAUCAGCCUUACAGUACAUGCAUACCAGUCAGCCCUCAAUUGCUCAUCGGUAAUUUGAGAUUUCCAAUAAUUUCUUCAGACGUGAAACCAACAAAAACGUGUUUUAAUGACUAUGAUCUGAAUGUUUUAGUGAUGUAAAGCCAGCUAACUGCCUCAGACGUCAAGAAAACCAUAUAGUUUUGACUGACUUUGGGUCUGCCGUUAUGGUACCUGUUGAGGUCGAUAGCCCUAAAAGGAGUCAAGAACUGAAAGAUGAAGCCGCAGAACUAUGUACAAUGCCUUAUCGAGCUCCAGAAUUGUUUAACUGCGAUGUUGGCACUGUUUACGAUCAUAAAGUUGAUGUUUGGGUAAGUUUUUAGGCGACAGUUUGGAAAUAGAGUCUGUUUUAUAGUAUUGUUGGCUGUAAAGGAUUUUUAACGUAAAACACGAUUUGUGCCGUACAGCUUAUUUUUGAUAGACUUGCUACCUGAUGUUUUUUACUUUCAGUCGGCUGGGUGCGUAUUAUAUGCCCUAUGUUUCCACUGUAGCCCAUUUGAUGCAGUAGCAGCUCGUGGAGAUUCCAUAGCGUUGGCUACGUUAUCAUACAAGUUCAAAGAAGCACCUGUUAAACAUGGGUAAGGCAAACUAAUUCUUGUAUUUAUCAGCUGUCCGAAACAUAAAUUUCGCUAACUUAUACAACCCAAAAUACAAAUUUGCGACAAUUAUAAUUCGAAUACCUAAUAACAUCGAUUUUUUCCGAUUUUUAUUCCAUAAUCAUUUUUCGCUUUCUUAAAAAAUUUUAUACUAUUCCUAACUUUUUUUUUAAUUUUUAGGUACUCAGACGCCUUAAUAUCAAUUCUCAAAGACAUGUUGACUGUGUCGACGGAAGAACGACCAAAUUGCGACCAUCUUGUGACACGAUUGGAUGCCCUGAGGCACUAG